AUGGAAGAUUUAGAAGAAGACGUAAAGUUUAUAGCGGAUGAGACCUUGGACUUUGGGGGGCUGUCACCAUCGGACAGUCGAGAGGAAGAAGAUGUAGCAGUGUUGGUGACUGCGGAGAAACCCCUCCGACGAGGCCUGUCCCAUCGAAGUGACCCAAAUGCAGUGGCCCCCACCCCCCAGGGUCUGAGGCUCAGCCUAGGCCCCCUCAGUCCAGAGAAGCUGGAAGAAAUCCUCCAUGAAGCCAACCGGCUGGCUGCUCAGCUGGAGCAGUGUGCCCUGCAGGAACGGGAGAACACAGGCGAGGGCUCAGGGCCUCGAAGGGUGAAGCCCAGCCCUCGACGGGAGACCUUUGUGCUCAAGGACAGUCCUGUCCGAGACCUGCUGCCGACCGUGAGCUCUUUGGCACGGAGCACCCCCUCUCCAAGCAGCCUGACACCCCGACUCCGGAGCAGCGAUAGGAAGGGGUCCGUCAGGGCUCUUAGAACAACAUCUGGAAAGAAGCCUUCCAGCGUGAAGAGGGAGUCGCCCACAUGCAAUCUGUUCCCUGCCUCCAAAAGCCCAGCGUCUUCUCCUCUUGCCCGAUCGACUCCUCCAGUCCGGGGAAAAGCCGGGCCCAGUGGGAGAGCGACAGCAAGUCCACCUACCCCUGUCAGACCAGUCUUGGCCCCACAGCCUUCUACCGGCAACUCUCAGCGCCUGUCUCGGCCCCAGGGAGCAGCUGCUAAACCUUCCAGUCGACUGCCUGUUCCCUCGGCCAUUCCCAGGCCUGGCAGCAGGAUGCCACUUGCCAGCCGGAGUGUCCCAUCCAGCAAAGGUGCCCCUCCUUCAGAUUCCCUGGCAGCUCGGAAAGGACUUCCAAGACCAAGUGUGGCAGGGCACAGAGUUCCUGUUUCUCAACGACCAAAUCUUCCCAUCUCUGGUACUGGUCGCAGCAAUCUGCAGCCUCCCAGGAAAGUUGCUAUCCCAGGACCUACCAGGUAA